UGAGCUUUCGAACGCCAUCCGUGGAUAAAGACAUUCAAGUUGAGGACGAAUAAAAUUGUGUCGACACUAGUAGUUAAAGUCUAGCAAGCGAAGAGAGUUUAACUUAAAACAUGUUAUUUAUUGUAAUUUUAGCCAUACAACUGCUGAGUGCACACUGUGGCGCUCAAUACCUGCACGCACGCCGCGAUCCACGCAUCCGUCAUUCCGGUACGAACAACACCAAUGAUCAGUUGCAUCUCAGCAAUCAAAUCGCGACUCUCAAUGCAACGGCACUUUUCGGACAGUUACCAGCACAUGGCUAUAGUCAACCCAAAUACUCGUCGUCACUGCGUGCCACGCCGCCGGAUGUGGCCAAAUAUCGUAACUUCGGUAAUUACUUUCAAGUUAUUCCGUCGAAUACGCAAUUAAAAAUGUUUGACCCACCUGUCGCCACCGCCAAGCGAGAACUUAAGCAACAUUCAGAGUUUUUAACGCCAUUUUCAUUUAGUCAUCGUAUAUUACAUUUGAGUAACGACCACACACAGGACUCACGCCCGCGCCGCUACACGAAUUCGAGCUACAAUGCUGUACCAGCACAAAACAACUUGAAACAUUCAAAUAUCCUUCACUCGCUUGACAAAGCUUUGCCAAUGGAGUCACUCGCUCGGAAAACACAGCGAGUGCCGCGAGAGAAUGUGCGAAAUUCAGAUAAUGAAAGAGAGCAUCCUAAAAUAAAUAAGCAGACGCAAUCUUUUCAUGACAUAUACAUGCGAUUUAAGAAUCCACAACAACAGAGUUUCGGUCAUGUCAAAUUCCAACCACAAAAACGCUUUGAGAAACGUUUCGAGUCGCUAAACAACAACAACAAUGGCAAUCGUCAUCGCGGCGAGAUUGUAUGGGCUGAUGCGACGGGCGGUUACGGUGAGCACCAUUGGGAUUUGACGCAAGGAAAACUACGUUGAGGCGCCACCGAAACGUGACUUUACGCAAUUCUUAAGUAUUUAUGCUAACACAAUUAGAAGGUAAAAUUCAGAAAAGAUUCCAUUUGAUAUGCAAAUAUGAUUUAAUGAGCGUUAGUAUAACAGUGUGUGUAUAUUAAUAAAGAAAAGAAGACAGUGAGAGAAAUGGAAACAGAAAAUGCAAUACAAUGCAAAAACAAAAAUAAAUUAUUAUAUUCAAGAAUUGCAUGCUUCAUUUGCAUUAGAAUGUUUGGAUAGUUGGGCGCCUAUGAAAGAAGCGCUUACAACCAAAAAUGCAGCAGAGAUCAAGAGUAGGGUUUGUUUCUCACGCCAAAAGUGGUCAGUCAAGUUUUGCGAUGAUAAAAGGUCAAUUCGGGUGGAUAGAUUGGCGAUCGGUCGGUCGGUCGUUUGGUACGACGGUCUGUCGCGACGCGCCAAAUAUAAAAGUGGCAUCUAGGACACUCACCGAAAGGAAAACCAGUUCUUGAAGAUGAUUAUAAAUUCUUAAGGUGAUGCAGUAUUAAGUUUGUUACGAGGACGACGAUCAUACGUAGGACUGCAAUGGAUAUGUAAAUGUGGCACAGCUAAAGAUAGUUCAGAGACAAGUAGCGCUCAUCUUAAGGGUUGCUCACACUGCUACGUUAUCAUUACAUAGGUUACCUGUGCGCAAGUUAUUGUAACUUCCGUAAAAAAAAAUGUUGUAAAUGUCUUGGACGCUUUGGUUUUGUGUCCUUGCAACAAGGGUGGUUGUACUUUCGUGCGUCGACGCUGUCCGCGUAUCAUUUGCAUAAAACAAAAACAACAAUUGGACAUAUGGAUAGCCCAGUUUGAUGUGUGUUUGUUUGUUCACACAUGUGAAUGUGUAUAGAUAUGACACUUUCGUCCAGCUGUGCUGGCUUACUGCUCGCCAACAUUAAUCCUACUGCAGGACAUUGUCCGACUUAAUUAUUCAAAACAAAUUUUCCGGUUGAUUGCGCGCUUUGACAUUUGUCCAUCGAAUCAAUAAUAUUUUGUUGCCGAUUUGUAUACUACACUCAUAUUUCCAGAGAUAUGCCCGCAUGCGCUUGCUUCAGUGGCAUAUCCUUAUACCCUAUCGCAGUCUAGAGGUUCAGUCGCUCACCUUCUCGGCUUCAUUAAUGCUCGCUGUCUGUGUGCCUUUGCUUAGCAGCUAGCAAAGUAGCCUUUGGCCAGAACCGGUUUCUAGCUUUCUAGCGUAGCUUUUGUGGGAAGUGACUCUGGCGCCGUAGAACAUUGAUAAGACAGUGCACUGGAAACCCUUUUCUUAAUGUUUUACAUGUGAGAUAUUUAGUAUGUAUGUAUGCAUCUCUGUCGGCGCACACAUGUGUCCUUUUACAGCGUCAGCGUCAAAUCGAAAGGACAUUCCAUUUAUGUGUACAUUUCGUUUGAUCAUUGUUAUUGUUGUUGAUUAUUCCCCUGACGCUCGGACUUAAUUUAUGCGUUGAGAAAUUUCGUGUGAUUGUCUUGUCUUCUCUUGCUUCGCCUUACCAUGCCGUGUCUGGUCCGAACCGGUUUGACCGGUCCAGCUUGAGUUGGUGACCAUGUUGAACAUGCGAAUAUGCUAUGUGUCUUGUGCAUCGUAGAUCGCGGUUUCGGUUGAACGGUUGAUUUGACAAUACGUAUGUUUGUCAGUAUGCGCAUUUGUUGACAUCAAAUAGUCAUGCAUGUGACUAAACAUAGUGUGAGAACUUUUUUCGCGGCCUUUGUUUUUUUAUACUCGCUCAUCUCCCCCGGAUCUGUGCUGCUUAAAUUUCGAUGGUUUACCUAAUUGACCGACUUAUCAACUUACGCGUAUGCUUCUUGUUCACAUUUCGUCUUUAAUUAAUUUGCAGAAAGUUGAUCGUUGCGAAUGAUAGUUCGAACCUACUAGAGCCGCUCGACUUUACUUCUUGAUGAUGAAAUAAGAGUUCGAAAGCACUGUUGUCAUAAAAUAAAGCAUUUUACUACUAACGUUAUUGAAUGUGGUUAAACAUAAAGGCUCAAGCUCCAAGAUGUACUAGAGCUUAGAAUCUCUGGACAUUGAAUGGUGUGUUCCACUUCACUAGUUGCUGAGUUCAAAAAAAUAAAGGCUUUGGAACUAUUUAAAUAGGACUGUAUAUAAAAAAUAAGCUCGAUGUAUGGUUGCCACAUGAGCUAACGCAAUAACCCUCAUGGACCGAAUUUCCAUCUGCGAAUCGCUAUUGAAUCGUAACUAAAUCGAAUAAUUUCUAAAGCGGAUGGUUACUGGUGAUGAAAAGUUGAACACUAACGACAACGUCAACCAUAAAAGUUCGUGUUCGAAUGGCGGUGAACCGGUGCAAA